AUGAGUGAUUCCGAGGUGACCGUCAAGCGAAAGAUCGAGGAGGAAAUUGAGAUCGACUUGGAAAAGUCCGCUCCUCUGUCCAAGAAACAGAAGCGUCUCGAAAAGAAGGGAAAGCUGCCUGUCGAGAAGGCCGAUGAUGAGGAGGAGGGCAAGUCCAAAAAGUCCGAACAUGGAGUGUGGAUUGGCAAUCUGUCGUUCGACACUUGCAAGGAGGAUAUCAAGCGGUUCAUUCUGGCUAAGCUGGGUAAAUCUGAAGAGGACUCCGACGCGGUGGUGAUUGAGGAGGACGAUUUGCUUCGAAUUAACCUGCCCAAGUCCAAGGUUACCAAGAAGGUGAAGGGUUUCGCCUACGUUGACGUCCCCACCGCCGAGAAGAUGGAGCGACUGGUCUCCUUGUCAGAGCAGAUCCUUAACGGCCGAAAACUUCUUAUCAAGAACGCAAACUCGUUCGAGGGACGGCCCGAGAAGAAGGACCCUACAGACACAGACUCACGGGUGCUGUUUGUUGGAAACCUGCCUUUCAACGCAACCGAGGAAAUGCUGCAGGACCACUUCAAGUCCUGCGGGGAUAUUCGACGGGUUCGAAUGAUGUCUUUUGAAGAUACCGGCAAGUCAAAGGGCUUCUCUUUUGUGGACUUUUACGACGCCGACGCUACUCGAAAAGCUCUUAAGGGACGAUUGUACAAGUACCUCGAGGGUCGAACUCUGCGUCUCGAGGCCGGAGAAGACCGAAGUAAGCGAGUGCCCAAGCCUCGAAAGGUCGAGGGUGCUGUCGCUGACGAGAGUCAGUCCGCACAGAAGGAGUACUCAGAGCCUGCCCAGGUUGAGGAUAAGCCUGCAUACACCGAGAACAAGGAGUCAUACGAUAAGCCUAAGAGAAGCAAGGAGGACCGACCUUACUCGCGAAAGAAGCCUGGACAGGUCCUGGCCAGUGCCCAGAGAGCCUCUGUGGGUAUCGUCAAAAGCACUGGUAAGAAGAUGACUUUUGACUAA